AUGUGUCCAACCCGCCCAGACAGUCCCAUCCCGAGGCACGACCCUCCACACAGAAUUCGACUGGCAGCUGCAGAACGGGACGACGACCCCGGCACCCCUCCACCACCAUACGUCGCAUCCCGAGAUGCCGAGCCAAACCACCCCGAGCCAAGCGCCGCCCGGCGGGAACUCAUCAUCCGCGGCGCCACCACUGUCUGCGAGCUGUCCUCCCGGGCCAUCACCGCCCGGGCCCUCGCCAAGAACCCCGACUCCGCCGCAGCCGCAAUGGCCAACGCGUUGGAAGAGAUCAGGACGACGACCACGACGUUCCUCGCCGCGCGCGGCAUAGCGUCCACAUCAUCAACGGGGGCUUAUAUCCUGGAUUGUGUCCUGCACGACUCGGCCCUCGAAGCCCGCCGGAUCGCUGAUCACCGGGACGAACCUGAUUUCGCAGGCCGGGAGGCAGAGCUUCUCGAUCUCUACUUGGCCGUGCCCCUGUUGAAUUUGUUGGCAACCGAGGCCCGCGGCAACCACAGGGUUGGAAUUCCUCGCUAG